AAAAGUCACAACAUUUCACGAUUAAAAUAAAUUAAUCUUAUUGAAAGUAUCACCUCCUUGCCUAAAUCUUUCCGCUCCUUCUCUUCCCUCUGCUCUCAAAAAAAUGGCGGUUUCAAUUUGCUCAAAAAAUUUCUUGCUCGCCAUUUUCAUUUUCUCAGCCCUUCCCAUAGCCUACAUCUACUAUCUGGAGAUUUCCCCGCCGGCAGUACCCACCCACGUCUUCCAAUACCACAGCUCCGGCUUCCUCCGGGAGUGCGCCAAGUGGGACGAUCUCAACCGUCGAUUCAUUGUCUCCUUUUUAGAAGGCGGAAUCGGCGAGAUUCGCGUGCCGGAUGAUUACAGUUCCGAUACUGUUUUAGAGGAAAUUACUGUUGUUAAAGACGUUGACUUGGCUGGCAACUCCACCGUCGGUUUCGUCGUUGACCGGCCGAGGAAUCGGCUGGUUGUAGUCAGCGCCGAUGUAAUUGGGAAUAAGUACAGUGCGCUGUCUGCUUAUGAUUUGACCACUUGGAAACGGGUUUUUCUUACCCAACUCAGUGGCCCAAGUGAUGAGAAAGCGUUCGCCGACGAUGUUGCGGUGGAUGCAGAAGGCAAUGCAUAUGUGACCGACGUAAAAGCAAGCAAAAUCUGGAAGGUCGGAAAGGACGGAGAGUUAUUAUCAAUCAUCAGAAACCCACUCUUCACUCAAACUCCGUGGUACAAAAAUCUAAUCGCACUCAACGGCAUUGUUUACCACCCAGACGGGUUCUUGAUAGUCAUUCAUACGGUCACCGGAAACUUAUACAAAAUUGACCUAGCCAAAGGAGAAGAAGUUAAGUUAAUUAAGGUGGAUGGUUCCCUGUCAUUUGGUGAUGGUCUUGAGCUGCUGUCUCCGACUAAACUGGUGGUUGCUGGAAACCCUUCAGCUAGAUUAGUAGAGAGCUCCGAUGGUUGGGAGACUGCUUCUGUUGCGGGUAAGUUUAAAGGCCCUGCGCACCGGCUGGCUACUGCGGCAACUGUGAAGGAUGGGAAGGUUUAUCUUAACCAUUUGGUGGGUAUGGGAUAUCCUAAGAAGAAGCAUGUUCUUGUUGAGGCUGUUUUUUCUUCAUGAACAAAGUUAGUUAAUUAGCUUGUUUCAUUUUGCUUGUGUUUGAGCUUGUAAUGUACACAUCAUUUUUUUUUCAUAAAAAUAAAAUCUUGGAAUUUU